GAAGAAGAAGAAGAAGAAGAAGAAGAAGAAGAAGAAGAAGAAGAAGAAGAAGAAGAAGAAGAAGAAGAAGAAGAAGAAGAAGAAGAAGAAGAAGAAGAAGAAGAAGAAGAAGAAGAAGAAGAAGAAGAAGAAGAAGAAGAAGAAGAAGAAGAAGAAGAAGAAGAAGAAGAAGAAGAAGAAGAAGAAGAAGAAGAAGAAGAAGAAGAAGAAGAAGAAGAAGAAGAAGAAGAAGAAGAAGAAGAAGAAGAAGAAGAAGAAGAAGAAGAAGAAGAAGAAGAAGAAGAAGAAGAAGAAGAAGAAGAAGAAGAAGAAGAAGAAGAAGAAGAAGAAGAAGAAGAAGAAGAAGAAGAAGAAGAAGAAGAAGAAGAAGAAGAAGAAGAAGAAGAAGAAGAAGAAGAAGAAGAAGAAGAAGAAGAAGAAGAAGAAGAAGAAGAAGAAGAAGAAGAAGAAGAAGAAGAAGAAGAAGAAGAAGAAGAAGAAGAAGAAGAAGAAGAAGAAGAAGAAGAAGAAGAAGAAGAAGAAGAAGAAGAAGAAGAAGAAGAAGAAGAAGAAGAAGAAGAAGAAGAAGAAGAAGAAGAAGAAGAAGAAGAAGAAGAAGAAGAAGAAGAAGAAGAAGAAGAAGAAGAAGAAGAGAAGAAGAAAAAGUUAAGUUAUAAUGAGAAAAAGGGUGGGGGUUAGUGGAGAUAUAGGGAAGAAGGAAAGUAAAGGGGUGAGAAAUGAGAAGUGAGAAGUGAGAAGUGAGAAGUGAGAAAUAAGCAUGCCCAUACAAAGUUAUCGUGGACCACUCUACCAUUUAUAAUAUGAAUGUACCAGCUUUAUAGAGAUGAGAUGAGAGAGUUGGAGGGGUGAGAGAGUAGGGUUCACUUCACUUACAAAGCUUCAAUUUACCCUCAAAAUGGCUUACUUUCCCGGUGAGUGCGCAGUGGGUCACAUACAAACACGUCAGAUGGGUAAACAACAAUAAUCUUUCCAAAAAAGACAAAUCAAUAAAAGAAAUGUAAUUGACAGCCAAAUCAGAUUUUAAGCAACAAAAGAACACAAAUAUAUAAUUAAUAUAUUUUUAUUUUUACACUUUCUCAUUUCAAAAACCUUACCAUUCCCAUUCCCAUUCCCCCCCUCACAUGCCACCAUGUGACCAGGAUCUCUUUUUUAUUUUCUCUAGAUUUAAAGUAUGGGUUGUUUAUGGUCCCCAAUCUUUGUAUCUAUGCCUAUUACUUUCUUUUUUUUCCUUCCUCUUCCUCUAAUCAAUCUUUUACUAUCAAUAUUAUGCAAUGCUUAUUCAUUAAUUAAUGUCAAAAUUCUAUUUUUACACUUGUAUCAGUAUAAAUCCUGCACCUAUUCCAGCUAU